AUGCACGUCUUGGGCGACAGCGACGACGAGGAGGGCGCAGUGGACGCGUAUGGCAGACGGGACCGCGACGAGGCGACCAUUCCGCUCACCUCGCUCGACCCAGACGACCCGGACUCGCCUUCGUACCCUCCCUCGUCCUCCUCGAAACGCCUCUCGUCCCGCUCCUCUUCUCCCUUGUCCCGCCUGCCGACUCGAAGAAUCCUGGCAAUUCUUGUCGUCGUCGUUGGACUGUACAAACUCGCACGCCACGCCUACGCCGCAGACUACGGCCGCCUACAAUCGAAACUCGACGAGUACUCGGCGCGGUACAACCCCUGGCAUCCUCAGCCGGUUCCCAUCGAAUGGGUCAACAUGGAGCCUGUCGCAUCAGUGAAGGGGCGGAGAUUUCGCGCACAUAGGGAGCGGGAAGACGACCGGUAUUGGGGAUGGAAGGCUCUUCCGUAUGCGCAGCCGCCGCUGAGAGAGCGGAGGUUCCGAGUGGCGUUGCCAUUGGAGGAGGCAAAGGGCGAGGAGACGCGGGAAAAGGUCAUGGACAAGUGGGACGAGGGUUGUGUGCGGCCGCGACCACGGGAGGACAGGAUGGACGGCGAGCAUGAGCACUUUGACGGCCACGAGGACUGUCUGAAGAUCAACGUCUUCUCCCCGGUUCAGCGGCCGAAUAACACGCUGCUACCUGUGAUGUUGUGGAUCCACGGAGGCGGCUUCGUCGGCGGAAGCUCGGGUGAGGAGAAGUACAACCCGCGAGGGCUGAUGCACCGGGCCAUCGACAUGGACCAGCCCUUCGUCUUUGCCAGCAUCAACUACCGCCUCGGCGCACUCGGCUUGACCGCCUCACCUCCCGAACCCGGUCCUCCGCCAGUCGCGCCUCACAUUCCCGUCCAAGCCCCGACCGACCUCGACCUGAACGUCGCCUUCAAAGACCAGCUUCAAGCGCUUCGGUGGAUCCACGAGCACAUUGAGCAGUUUGGAGGUGACAGGGACAAGGUCGUCAUGGUGGGACACUCGGCGGGAGCGAUGAGCGUCGGCUUGCAUCUGCUGUACAGCGGGAACAUGGGAUUGUUCCGAGGAGCCUUCAUGCUGUCCGGCGCGCCUACCUCCUUCCCCGUCCCCUGGCCUCACGAUGCCUCCGCCCGCACUCUCCACCCUCUCCCCGGUCCCGCGCAAUGCCCCUCACCGAUCCAGCGCGAACACGGCCCACCUCGGAACGACGACCUCCUCGCCUGCUUGCGGAAGCUGCCGAUCGAGAAGCUCUACCAGGCGACACGGACUUUGACGGACGACUCGCCUAGCAAUGCGUGGUUCCCGUACUAUCCCGUCCUCGAGGGAGAGUGGGGAACGGGCGAGGGCAUGCACGACGCUGCUCGCGGAUCUGGCGGCUGGCUCAAUGUCCGCCCGAGCGAGCGCAUCAACCGCGGCGACUACAACAAGGUUCCGGUCGUUCUUGGAUCCGUGCUGGACGAGGGCACGCGGUUUGUGCAUCCGAAGAUUGGCGAGGGUGUUGAGGAGUUCUUGGAGGUUGUCAAGGACGUCUUCGACUUCACCUACGGCGCCGUGGAGGACAUCCUUGAGCCAAUCCUCAACUGGUACCCCGCCGACCCAUCCUUCGGUAGUCCCUUCCAGACCGGCAACGAGACGUUCGGGCUCUCACGCACGUACAAGCGACUCUCGGCUUUCCUCGGCGACAUCCUUUUCCAGGCGCCGCGGAGACAUCUUCUGCGCGAGACGCCUAAAGAUUUCGGCGAGGACAGCUGGAACUACCUGUACCUCGAGCCGCGCGAGGGCGCUGAGCCGCGACUAGGCAUCCAGCACGGUGCAGACUUGCCCGCUUGGUUCGGCAAUCCCGAAGGAGACGACGAGCCGAUGGUGCAGCUGUCGUGGGAGAUGACCGGCUACCUCAUCAACUUUGUCAACCGUCUCAAUCCAAACGGAGCAGGUCUCCCUCGCUGGCCCCAGUACGGCAUGGACCGCCACACCCUCCAGUUCGCACGAAGCAACACCACCAUCGUCAGCGACAGCGAGCGUCUCGAGACUCUCCGCUUCCUGAACAUCAACAACCCGAUCUUCGCUCGCUGA